CUGUUCUCUUACCAAUUUUUUCUUAGCAAGAGAAGAAACAUUCUUUAAUGCACCGCAACACGGCAUUGUCGGCGCGCGAAAGUGACGGGAUCUGUUCUCUGUACGCAUUCAGUUGAGGGCAAAAACAGAAUGAUCUGAGAAGGAAAGGAGGAAUGACGAUUCUGUUAGGAGGGGGGCGGGAAGCGUGAGCUACGAACUUCCUCGCUCGCUUUCCACGUGGCGCCACACACGAUGCUCAGCAAACGCCAGCCAUUGCAGCUUUUUGUGUGUGCCAGAGAGAAAACUCCUCUCUCCCCAACCUCCAAAUCACCCACCGGAAUAUCAAAAUGCGCCUUCACUCCCACCCCCGCCGCUCCUCCUUUCUCCUCCUCAAUGGCGUUUUUCUCCAGGCACAACCAUCGCCACCACCCCUCCUCCUUCGUCCCUCGCUACCUCAUUCUCGCAGCCUUCGUCUUCCUCGCCCUCCUCCUCUUCUUCGAGGUGGACAGCCUGGUUUCCAAGACGAAGACAAUCGUAGGCCACAAUUUAGAGCCGACGCCGUGGCAUAUUUUCCCGGCGAAGGAGUUUGAAGACGAGUCCAGCUAUUCCAGAGCUUCAAAAAUCAUCCAAUGCUCCUACCUCACUUGCAGCCGGGCCGUCAACGCGACGGACUUCCUGGGAGACGACGGUGGCAAAUACAAGCCGCCGACAACACUUGAAUCGGAGUCCUGUCCAGAUUUCUACAGGUACAUUAAUUACGAUCUGGAUCCGUGGAAGAACACGGGGAUUUCCCGUGCUCAUGUUGCUGAAGCACAGAAGCUUGCGGCGUUUAGGGUGGUGAUCUCGCGGGGGAAACUGUAUGUGGACUUUUACUUUGCUUGUGUGCAGAGUCGGGCCAUGUUUACCAUUUGGGGAUUCCUUCAGCUGCUUAGGAGGUACCCUGGCAAGGUUCCCGAUGUCGAUUUGAUGUUUGAUUGUAUGGAUAAGCCGACGGUUAACCGGACGGAGAAUUCCGCAAUGCCUUUGCCGUUGUUCCGCUACUGCACCACAUCACAACAUUUCGAUAUUCCCUUUCCAGAUUGGUCUUUCUGGGGAUGGUCAGAGAUUAAUAUUGCGCCAUGGGAUGAGGAGUUUAAUAGCAUUAAACAAGGUUCAAAAACUCGAAGUUGGGCAAGAAAGUGGCCAGUUGCUUACUGGAAAGGUAACCCAGAUGUUUUUUCCCCUGUUCGCACAGAGUUGUUGCAGUGUAAUGACACUCGGAUGUGGAGAGCACAGAUUUUCCGCCAGGAUUGGCUUGAAGAAGCAAAGUCUGGAUUUGAGCAGUCCAAACUGUCUAACCAGUGCCAGCAUAGGUAUAAGAUAUAUGCUGAGGGAUAUGCUUGGUCUGUAAGCUUGAAAUAUAUUCUUGCAUGUGGUUGUGUUCCGCUUAUAAUAACACCACAAUAUGAAGAUUUCUUUAGCCGCGGUCUUAUUCCAAAGAAGAACUAUUGGCCUAUCCCUCCUUUUGAUCUAUGCCCCUCUAUAAAAUUGGCAGUUGAAUGGGGCAAUGAACAUCCUGUGGAGGCCGCAGAAAUAGGAAAAGCAGCACAAGAAUUCAUGGAAUCUUUGAGUAUGGAUCGGGUAUAUGACUACAUGUUUCACCUCAUUAGUGAGUACGCGAAGCUGCAGGACUUCGUGCCGGUUCCGCCGUCAUCCACUCAAGAGAUGUGUGUGGAUUCUGUGCUUUGCUUUGCUGAUGAAAAACAGAGGGAAUUCCUUCAAAGGACGAUUGCCUUCCCUUCACCAACCCCACCAUGCACUCUCCCACCCCCGGACAUGAAUCUAAUCAAGAAGAAUAUGGAAAUGAAAAGAAAACUUGAUGGCAAUGUACAAUUUUCAGGGUAGUUUCAGCAUGUAAAGCUUAGCUAAGAAUUUGUAAUCAAAGGGUUGCAGCCCCCUUGAUUUUACAGUUGUACCCGGAAGGAUAUUUUUAGGAUGAGUAGAUUUUGUGUACUUUUUAUACUCUCUAUAAUCAAAUGUUUGCAAUGCU